AUGUCUUGCAGAGAUCGGCUGUUGCAACUCAAACAUCUGCUUGAAACACCAACAUCGGAAACCAAUCUAAACGAAAACAAUUCAUCAUUCUGGAGCAUUCAUAACAUUGCAAGAUAUGUGAGUGAUGUUCUAAGAUUAGUGAGUGUUUCUUUUGAAACACUACGAAAUUCCUUCAUCUCCGAUUCAGAAGCAAGUCAUUCGAAGGCUCGUACCAUGUUGGAAAAUAAUUUAACUCUUCUCAUCCAGACAAAAAACACAGAGCCACAAAACAUUACAACUGCUGUCAAUGCUGCUAGAGAUGAACAUCGAAGAAAAAUGUUUGACUGCUUCAAAGAAGCAGAGAAGUUUCCUGAAAGAAUGACAGCAUGUAUUGACGAAAAAAGUUUAAUAGAUCUAUCGAAUACUGUGAGUGAAUUGAAAGAAAAUGAAAAAUUAGACGAGCUGAAGGAUGAGGUUUUGAAAUAUUUUGACUCACAAGCGAGUAAGGUGUACAAUAGGGCUGCCCAAUUAGCCAUGGGAGUAGUGAUUUUGAGAGGAGUCAUGAGUUUGUAUAAUAGUGUUCACUCCAUGAAAGAAUAUUCCAAAUAUUGCAAUGCUAACAUUGCAGUUCAUCAUCAAAUUCUUUCGAAUUGUGAGGCAGAAAUUUGUGAUAUCAUUGAAGAAGCUAUUCAACAUGUCGAUGAUUUUGAUGACAUGAUAUUUAACAAACUCCUUCUUGAUAUUGGAAGAAUGAAUCGACUUUUGGAGACGCAAAUGUUGUCCAUCAAGUUGGACAUCAAGCGAUGUGAAGAACAACAAACGAGUGCCCUUAUGAGUGGAUUAGAAGCAUCGAUAGGAGUUAUUGGAUCGCUAUUCUUUUCUUAUUUGAAUUGGAGAAAUAUGUCAAACGGCACAAAGUUUUUCAACUUAGCAGCUGUAGCUGUUGGCUUGGGAAAUAUUGUGUACGGGCAAACAAGAGCCUACAAUUCGUAUCAUAGAAUUCUGAAUAACUAUCAGCAUUCACGUCUUGAAUAUGAAAAAUUUAAUGGGCUAUCUCUGGAGCUCAAAAAAAUUGUAAAUGAAAUGCAGUUAAGGAGUGAACUGGGUAGCAAGAUGAUGUGA